AUGACAGCAGGAAUUACAAGAAAAAUAACGUGGCCAAUUAAUAGGAGAAUCAAACAGCCAAUUAGCAGUUAACCGUAAAAUUUCCACUUUUCCAUUGAAACCUCUGCCUUUUUUCCUUCUCUGAUCUAUCGAUCGUCUAAUCAACUUCUAUUUGGUGUCUUCAACUGUGGUUAAUUUAUCUGAGCAUUUUUGUGCCUUUUAUAUUUAAAGGCGAAAAUCGGGGAAGAAGUUGAUAUUUGGAUGAUUAAAAGGUAUCACCCCACAAAAUUGUAACCACGAAGAUAGGCAAAAGGAGCAUGUCACACGGUAAUCGCAUAAUUGAUAUGGAAGCAGAUCAGCAAGGUCAAGAGUUUUUUCAUUCAGCGCCUUGCAUGUUUUAUGGGAGCAUAGCGACUUUACCACAGCCUACUGUCCAUGCGGUAGUACCAGCUCCCGUGAAUGCUUGUAAUAUGUAUUUGCACCAUGUAUCAGACCAUCAAGAGGGUACCUUAACAUAUGUGUUGACACAGUACAAUGGGAUUCAACAUCAGCAUCCUGCCAGCAAUCCUGACCUAGCCAUUCCUGCUUCGUCAAAUCAUUACAAUCCUUACAUGGCUGUUCCAUCCGCUUCUGGAGAUUUCCCCAUUCCAGUAAAUCAUGGGCCACAUGAUCGGCUUCAUUCAAGCUCUCACAACAUCCUUGGAAUGAAUUCAGAUUAUGGAAGGAACAAUCAUUACAUAGAUGAUGUCAGAGGCUCAUUUAAGAGAAAGAAUGCUGAAGGAAUUCCUGCAAAUCUUCAAUAUCAUCAUGCUUUGGCAGGUUCCAGUUCUUCUGUUGCUCCAGUAAUUGCAAGGGCACACGAAUCUGAUGUUUCAAUGGAUGCUGCAUCAUUUACACCACCAGAUUAUGGAGGCAAUUCAUCAUCAUUCAUUGAAGAUGGAGCACCAAGAAUUAUGAGUAACAGAUCGGGUGCUAGUGGUCCAGAAAAUAUCGCACGACGUAACCACAAUCAUUUAUUUCAAGGAAACUAUAUAAGUCAGACCCAUCAGUUGCCUGGCAAUCCUUGGUUGGACCUGCAGUUCAACAGCAAUGGUAGUGAGACUCAAACUUGGGCCUGGAAUCAGGCUGCUCCUUUACCCUAUGUACCUGGUGGCAUUGGAGGCUGCAUAGAUGCUGGAAACAUGGGUGUGCGAGGUUAUCAUAUGACAUCAAGCAAUGGAGGUUUGACUAGUUUUCUGCAUCCACCCAUUCCUCAAGGGCACCCAGGACUUCAUCAUCUGCUACCUAAUAUUCAAGGAAUGAGAGGCCAGCCUAUCACCUUCCCUCCGCAAAUGACAGCAUCAUCCUCACACAGACACCUAGCAAAUAAUUCGUCCAAUAUCACCCCGAACCUAAUGCAAGGCGUUGUAGAGGCAGGACCCAGAUAUAUGCCCUCCCUACCAACUGGCUUUGGGUUGUACAGACCUCAUCGAAGGGCUAUCGUGCUUGAAAGAAAUACUGGACAUCAGAACCUUCCUAACAUGAGAGUUCUGCCAGAAGAUGGAGUGGCGAUGCUGGAUGUUUCAGGCUACCAUGAAGUUAACAAUCCCAUUGAUCAGCACAGAGAUAUGCGUUUGGAUGUAGAUCACAUGUCCUACGAGGAGCUUCUUGCACUGGGGGAGCAGAUUGGCAAUGUGACAACUGGAUUGUCAGAUGAAAUAAUCAUUAACCGUUUGAAAACAAGACCAUUUUCGCCCCCCGUUAUUCCUUGCACCCUGGAAACUGCUGCAUGCUUGGAUCACGAAGCUGAUUUCUGUGUCAUAUGCCAGACUGAUUACAACAACCAAGAAACUAUAGGAACUCUUGAUUGCGGGCAUGAAUAUCACGCGGAGUGCGUAAAGAAGUGGUUGGUUGUGAAGAACACUUGCCCCAUCUGCAAAUCCACCGGAUUGUCAAUAGAAAGAAAAGAUUUGUGAAAUACAAGGAGGAGUUGGUUGGUUGGUGGAUGAAUAAUUAUAAGAGUGGGACAUUUUGUUCUCCUGCAAAAUAUUUGUUCUUUAACAAGAGGAAACCUGUAUAAUUAUAUAUAUUUUGUAUAUACUUUGGCUAGAUGUUAGCAUAUAACUUGGUGACCUUAAUUUGUCACCUGACUUUGUACAGACCUCGUAAUUUUGUUGGAACCAUGUGCAUGUAUUGUGAAUUUUGUACAGACAUCUGAAAUUUUCUUGUUCGACCGCGCAUGACUACUGUAUCCUUUCUGGAUUAAUGUAUUUGUGUUGUGUUGUGUAUGACAGACAUAUCCACAACUGAAUGCUGGAUUCAAGUUCUUAAAUUUGUAUCUAAGGUGAUGGUCAUUGA